CACUUCAACCCAGACGGAGAGCUUCAAUUUAACUGAAGCCGUGACCUAACAUCACCCACAGACAUUACAGCAGGGGAUACGUGUAAUGUGAAGGGUGGUUGCUGAGGAACACGCUGAAAAAAAGACAUUUCAACACUGCCACGGUGUCUGCGGUAACUGGAGCAAGAACAGAGCCAUGGGGAUGUUAAUGUUGGGAGUUCCUCUCAUCCUGCUUGCUGUGAUGCUGAUGGGCACAGGGGCCAAAAAUUGUGUGUGCAAUGGGAAAUCAAGGUGCCGCUGUGCAGGAGUGAAAGGCAGCAGGGGAGACAAAGGUUUUCCCGGAGUUCCAGGUCCCUCAGGGAUAGAGGGCCGUCGUGGAUCAGAUGGUCAUCCUGGGCCUAUUGGACCAAAGGGCAACACUGGGCCUGAUGGACUGGAGGGGCCAAAAGGCGAUCCGGGACCUGAGGGCAAAGAAGGGUUUGCUGGGUCUCAUGGUUUACCGGGUAUCCCAGGUCUUCAAGGGCCUCCAGGAGCCGCAGGGGUCCACGGCUGCAAUGGAACUGAUGGAGAAGAGGGACCUCCUGGUGUUCCCGGCAUCCAUGGCAUCGAUGGAAGUGCAGGUCCAGCUGGCCUGCCUGGACCUAAGGGUGAAUCGCGGGUAUCAGUGAAUGCAAUACCAGGCCCACCUGGGCCACCAGGGAGGGACGGACAGCCGGGACAUCCAGGUUUCCUUGGAGAGGAUGGACGACCAGGGGACCCUGGACCACAGGGCUCUGUCGGGUUUCCUGGUCGUUCUGGGUAUCCAGGAUCAAAGGGUCAAGAAGGCAUAGGCGCUACCCCAGGACCUCGUGGACCACAGGGGAGACCAGGACUACGAGGCCCACCGGGGCCACGGGGUCGGAUCAAGGAGUUUUUCACUGAGAGUCUCGUGUUAAAGAGUGCAAAAGGAGACAACGGAGACAUAGGAAUAAAAGGAUGCAAGGGUGAAUCAGGAGACCCAGGUUAUGGCCAUUACACCAAAGGAGCAAAGGGAGACCAAGGACCGGAGGGUCCAGUAGGAAAGGCAGGGAAGGAUGGCGAUCCUGGACAAUCAUCUAGGGGAUGGCCUGGCUCCAGAGGUGAUCCAGGAUAUCCGGGGACACCAGGAGGGACGGGUGAAAAGGGAGAUAGGGGUCCCCAUGGUCCACCUGGAGAUAUAUUUGGCCCUGUGACUGAGCCACUCAACGGGUACCGUGGAGAUCUGGGUUUCCCAGGCUCACCUGGGCUCCCUGGUCGUCAAGGUGUUGAAGGAUUCCCUGGACCUGAUGGACCUCCAGGCCAUUCAUCUGGGAUUCAUGUGCCAGGCCCUAGAGGUCCCAAUGGUUUUCCAGGCCCCAAAGGGGACCCUGGGGAGCCUGGGGAUAGUUAUUCGGGACUCCCAGGUCCAGAUGGGGAUGACGGGUAUCAAGGGCCUCCCGGGGAUCAGGGCCCACCUGGACCUCCUGAAGACAGAACUAACAGGAUUACCAAAGGUCUCCCAGGAAUGAAGGGAACAAGAGGUAUGCCUGGACCCAUGGGAUAUGAUGGGUCUUUUGGAAUGAAAGGAGUGAAGGGGGAGCCCUGUUAUGAGUGUAUCGGAUCAGGAUUCCCAGGACCACCGGGUCCACAAGGCCCACCUGGCAUCCCUGGAUAUAAUCAAGGACCAGGUGCUAAAGGUGAUCCAGGCUUCCCAGGAUCUAGUGGCUUACCUGGAAGACCAGGUCCGAUUGGUCAAAUGGGAUUUCAAGGCCCACCAGGACAAAAGGGUGACUCAUAUUCGGACAACACUCCUGGUAUAAAUGGAGAUGAAGGAGACCCGGGACAGCCUGGCAGACCUGGUGCAGAUGCCCGCCCUGGGUUUCCUGGACUACCUGGUCGCAAGGGCGAUCAAGGACCUCCAGGGGAUUCGUAUCCUUUCCAUGGUGCAGAGGGAGACCGUGGUUUCCCAGGACCACAUGGGUCUUUAGGCAGACCAGGAACAGUCGGCUACCCUGGGCCAGUGGGAUAUGGGCCUGCUGGACUUCCGGGAAGUACAGGAGAUGUUGGGGUACCUGGCCUGCCAGGACAACCUGGGAUUCCUGGCCAGAAAGGCGAACCUAGCCACAUCCACACCAUAGGACUUCCUGGACCACCUGGAUUUAAAGGUCUGCCUGGUUCACCUGGAAGCCCAGGUAAUCACGGAGUACCAGGUACCCCAGGAAUACCAGGUUUUCGAGGACAGAGGGGAGAAAGUGGUGAGGUGUCAUUUCCUGGAAGGUCGGGGAUCCCUGGACAGAAAGGCGACAAGGGGCAACCAGGUCUCCCAGGCUUUCCAGGGACCGGCUUGUCUGGUCGGCCAGGGUCACAAGGCAUUCCUGGUCCUGCAGGACUGAAGGGUGACGGUGGGCCUGGAUACCGUGGCCCCCCAGGACCCCCUGGGCCUCCAGGAGAAGACGGAACUCAGGGGCCCGUAGGAGAUCCUGGGAUCCUUGGCCUACCUGGGAACCCAGGAGUACAUGGAAGUCCAGGUUUUCCAGGAGAAAAGGGAAGUAAAGGUUCUGUAGGCCCCCCAGGACUACCUGGUAACAAAGAUUCAUGUAAAGGUGAUUUACCUGGGCCAGGGGGACCACAAGGACCAGAUGGGUUUCCAGGACAUCCAGGACCCGAUGGCUCCCCCGGUGAGAAGGGGAACCCAGGUUUGCCAGGGUUUGGUCGUCCUGGCGUCCCCGGUGAACCUGGUGUUCUUGGGCCAUCAGUGCCGGGUUCUCGUGGGCUCACUGGACAAAAAGGGAUCACGGGACAAAACGGCCUGCCCGGUCAACCAGGACUGAGAGGAGACCCUGGACCAGAUGGGUUACCAGGAUAUGGUUCAGAUGGGUUGCCUGGAACUUUAGGACCACCAGGCCAAAUAGGUGCCCCCGGCCCAGAUGGAGCCAGGGGUUCCUGGGGUCCUCCAGGUAUGAAUGGCGAACCAGGUCCCAGAGGUCCUCCAGGCCUUGCAUCACCACAGACAAUAGACGCUUUUGGGCCCCCAGGGGACCCUGGCAAUCCGGGUUACCCUGGUCUAUCUGGUGCCAAUGGAGAUACUGGAAGUAUUGGACUAAAAGGGCGGAGAGGGACAGCUGGAGCACCAGGGGGUCCUGGACAAAGAGGUCCUGCAGGUGAUCCAGGUGUUGAUGGAUUAGUUCUCGCAGGGGGAAGUCGAGGACCUGCUGGAGCUCCAGGAGACCCGGGAGUCAAAGGGCCUCCAGGCCCAAGGGGAAUAAAAGGAGAUCAAGGAAUCUCUGGAGGGUCAGGUCUAGAUGGUGCACCAGGUCCAACUGGUAACAAAGGCAUUAAUGGAGAGCCAAAUUACAGUGGAUAUGGAUGGCCUGGACCAGUAGGACAAAAGGGUGAACCAGGAUCAACCAAUACGUAUGUGAUGAAGGGUCAGAAAGGGCAACCUGGUUCUUUUGGAUCUUUAGGUUUACCAGGAUACAGUGGAGCCAAAGGAAACCCAGGACCUGACGGACAAAAUGGUCCAUCAGGCUAUCAAGGGCCUAAAGGUUCCGAUGGACCUCCAGGAAACAAAGGACAGACAGGACCCAAUGGACCGGCAGGUGACGCAGGCCUGCCGGGUGUCGGUAGUUAUCCAGGUGCUAAAGGCAAUCAGGGCCGGGAUGGGAUCCCUGGACCACCAGGGCAGAAAGGAGACACCAACAUUAUAGGAGGGACACCUGGUAGACGUGGCGACACAGGUCAACAAGGUCUUCCCGGGAACCCUGGUCCCCCUGGCUUGUCUCUCACAGGGAGUCCUGGACCAAUAGGAGACAGAGGAUUUCCAGGUUCAACUGGGGUCUCUGGUCGGAUAGGAGUACCAGGAAGGGAAGGGGCUUGUGUUCCUGGGUCAAAAGGAGACCACGGUCAUCCUGGCAAUCCUGGUGGCCCAGGUUAUCGUGGCUUACCUGGCCUUCCAGGUCCCACAGUGCCGGGGUUAAACAGAGACAGAGGGGACCCAGGUCUUACAGGAGCCCCAGGCUAUAGUGGACCACGAGGAGAUCCAGGCCCUGAAGGACCACCGGGUCCAAGAGGCAGACCUGGAGUCCCGGGACCAAUAGGUGAUUCUGGUCUACCUGGAAUCCAUGGGCUCCCUGGUGUCGAGGGAGACCCUGGAUACAUCCCUGGCCCUCCUGGUCUACCUGGGGUGAAAGGCUUUCCUGGACGACCUGGAUUAAAAGGUGAUCCAACAUAUGGCACGGUGAUAUAUGAACCAGGAUCUCCCGGCUCACCUGGUCCCUCUGGCAAUCGAGGAGCCCCGGGGAACACUGGACCUUCAGGACCACCAGGCCAACCAGGUCAGUCAGGCGUCAAAGGCCAGCGUGGUUCCAGCCCAGAUGGCCAUCCUGGAUUUACUGGACUCAAAGGAGACACAGGACAAGCAGGACUGCCAGGUUCAGAAGGCAGACCUGGAGACCCAGGCAACAAGGGUCAUCCAGGGUUGCCAGGCAGAGGUGGUCCAGGUUAUGUUGACAGUUUCCUGAUCGCCAGACACAGUCAGAGCACAAGUGUCCCUGACUGCCCUCGUGGCACCAGCCUCAUCUACUCUGGUUACUCCUUGCUCUUCAUCAACGGAAACGAGAGAGCCCAUGGUCAGGACCUUGGCACCAUGGGAAGCUGUCUCCCCCGUUUCUCCACCAUGCCCUUCCUGUUUUGUGACACGGAGAGUAACUGCCGCUAUGCUUCUCGUAACGACUACUCCUACUGGCUGUCCACUGACACUCCUAUGCCUACCAACAUGGCCUCCAUCACAGGGGAUACACUGGCCUCCUACAUCAGCAGGUGCUCAGUGUGUGAAACCACCUCCAACGUCAUAGCCGUCCACAGCCAGACAACUCUGACACCUGAAUGUCCCCGAGACUGGGAGUCAUUAUGGACUGGAUACUCAUUUGUCAUGCAAACGGGUGCUGGAGCAGAGGGCUCCUCCCAGCCCCUGGUUUCUCCCGGCUCAUGUCUGGAAAAUUUCCGCCAAGUGCCGUUCAUCGAGUGUCAUGGCAGGGGAACUUGUAACUACUACCCUGAUUCCUAUAGCUACUGGCUGGCCUCCCUGGACCCCAACAGCAUGUUCAGUAAUCCUGUUCCUCACACAGUGAAGGGACUUUCUCUACAAAGUGUCAUCAGCCGUUGUCGGGUCUGCAGGAAACCAUGGCAACCAAGAGAUGACAGACGCGGGGACAAUUUUUAGCGUUCAGUAUUUCCUUUAUCGAUGUAAUUUUUUAGAUCUGAAAAUAUGAGAAAUGUGAGAUAAAAUAGUCUCGGCAGUUUGUAGUGUGUUUAUCCGUUUGUUACACUGGUGUGAGUUACACAUCUGUGUUCAUGAGUCUUAGCUGUGAAUAAAAUACAUUUCAAGCAAAUUGCCAAUCACUUUAAUUGCAGGUGUUAUGUAAGCUCUGAUAAUAGUGCAUAUUAAAAGUAAUGACACAUUUAGUGAGUCACUAUAUGUUAUCGAGGCUGUGGUGGGCCACCUGUGUGAACUUAUUCCUGUGACACACGUGGGCCUCAACACCAGCUAGUCAUAGCAGUGAUAAAGGUACUGCUAGUUGUUGUAGUGAUACUAGUAGCAAUAGCACCACUGCGCCCAUUUCAGUUAGUCUUUUCUUUGAAAUGUGUUGUUUUCAUCCAGUUUUACUUUAUAUGCUUGCCAAUACUUAACUUGAUUUGUCAGUGACACGUUGAACACAGCUAGGCCAUCUGACCAUGUUCGAACCUAAAGUCUGACCAUGUACUGUAUGCUGUCAUUGAUGAAAGCACAACACCAUUCUCCUAUGUUGCUGUGUCCAUGUGACUAAAGGUGCCUUGGAUACAAACAUGCACCAAAUGUUAUGAUUUUAUGCAGACGACGGCCAGGCCACUGAGAAAUAAUUAUCCAUACGGUGCUGAUGUCAAUGAAUGACGUAAAAAAUAAUGAGGUCACAGAUGACACACACAUGUUCCUAUGAUACCUGGAGAGGCGGCAUGUUGUAAAUGUGAUGCUCUCGCUUUGGAAUUGUUAGGUUGUUGUGUUUUCACACGCAAAUAUUGAGUCAUUUGUGCCUUCACUCUAAAAGCAUUUAUUUUCAGUUCCGGCUUGUUAAAUGGUGCAUGGUAAGGAUUAAAGCUUAUGACUCAUACAGCCUGCAACUUUCUCCAGUCCAUUUCUAAAUGAACUGUCAGAAGGCUCCCUCUGUGGCUUCCAGACAAAAGAAAAUGCACAUUAAGAUCUUGAGAGAUACAUUGUGGAAUGUUUUUUCUUUUUACAUCCCAUCUUUCUCCUUUUGGUUUGUCAAUUGCAGGAAAAGACAUUAAAAUAAAAUAUGAAUGGAGAGAAAUAAUGACUGUUUUAAUGGUACG